AUGGCUCAUCUCUCACCGUCCGGUAAAUGGGACGCCAGGUACUUGGGUCCCGUCCCCCAUGACAGCUCCUACUACGCAAAAUGUAUGCUUGGUGGUGCCCUCGCGUGCGGUGCCACCCACGCUGGUAUCACUCCUCUUGAUGUUGCCAAAUGUAACAUGCAGGUCGACCCCGCAAAAUACAAGGGUCUCAGGUCAGGCCUGAGUACCCUCGUCCGCGAGGAGGGUUCCCGUGGUAUCUGGAAAGGUUUCGGACCCACCUUCGUCGGUUACUCCCUCCAGGGCAUGUUCAAGUAUGGUCUCUACGAGUUGUUCAAAGACGUCUACAUGAACCUGGCCGGCGAGGAGGCUUCUAACAAGUACAAGCCUGCCAUCUGGCUCGCUGGUUCCGCCUCUGCUGAGGUCUUCGCCGAUAUCGCCCUGUGCCCUCUCGAGAUGACCAAGGUCAAGAUCCAGACCUCACCCAGCGGCACUUUCCCCACCUCCUUCGGUGCUGCCCUCACCGAGAUGAGCAAAACCAAGAUUGAGACCCGUUAUCCCUUCGGCUCCCUUGUUCCCCUCUGGUCGCGCCAGAUCCCCUACACCAUGGCCAAGUUCUUCUUCUUUGAGAAGAUUGUCCAGCUCUUCUACACCCACGUCUUCACUGAGCCCAAGGAGACUUACAGCAAGCCUACCCAGCUUGGUGUCACCUUUGCCUCCGGUUACCUUGCCGGUGUUGUUUGCGCUAUCGUGUCGCAUCCUGCUGACUCACUGGUCUCGCUCCUCGGCAAGCCUUCCAACAAGGGCAAGAGUGUCGGCCAGAUCGCCUCCGAGACUGGUAUCGCCAACCUUGCCACCAAGGGUCUUGGCACGCGUGUCAUCAUGAUCGGUACCCUCACUGGCUUCCAGUGGUGGAUCUACGACAGCUUCAAGUCGUCCAUGGGUCUCGGUACGACUGGUGGGAAGUAA